AUGUUUGCUAAGUGUUUAGUGUUUGCUGUGUUUAGCACGCUUACUUUAGCAUUGGCAAAUGAUGAUCUAUUUCUCUAUCGAUUUCGCGGUCAUAUUUUAAAAACCAAUGGAAAAUAUGAAAUAGUGGCAACAUUAGCAGAUUCUUAUAAAGAACCCGAUGGUAAUGCUGAUAAUGUUUUAGCAACUGGAUCUUGGGAUCAAACUUAUAAUAUAACUGGUUGGUCCGUAUUAGAAAUAAAAACAGCAGAAAAUCAAACAAAUAUUGAUCAAGUUUAUUCAGCUGGAUUACUUGAAGGAAAAUUUACACAAGAAUUAACUUGUAUGCAAUGGCAAAAUACCAUAACUAAUAUUUGUGUUAAUCGAACAGAUUUUUGUGGAAAACUAAAGAAUUUUUUUCUAACUCAACUUAAUUGGAUUUAUAUGCAAAUUGACACGCAUCCUAAUGAUGAAUAUUGGCAUCAAAUAAAUUUACUUCUUGUGCAAUUGAAUGGUCUCAUCGAUGGAUAUCAAAAUAAAUCACGUGGACCAAGAAAAGAACUUGAAGAUCCACUUGGAUUUUUCCUAUUUCAAGUACUCGCAUCUAUUGAUGACAUUGCUGUUCAUUUGGGUUUUCAAAAUAUUUCACGGCAUGAUAGUUGUUCAGCAUUAAUCAAAAUUUUACCAGAUAAUAAGGAUGUAUUUGUAUCACAUGCUACUUGGGAUGAUUAUAACUCAAUGUUAAAAGUACUUAAACGUUACACAAUGCCAUUGAAACGAACAUCAGCUGCCAACAGUUGGAGUCAUGAUUUUUAUAUGACAGGCCCAGCAAAUUUAACAGUAAUUGAAACAACCAUUGAUAAUUAUAAUGAAGAUUUAUAUCGUAACAUUAAUCCAAUAUCUAUCCCCGAAUGGAUGCGAGUCGUAGUUGCUAAUCGUCUAGCUACUUCUGGUAAAGAAUGGGUCGACAAAUUUUUCAUUUUCAAUGAUGGAACAUAUAAUAAUGAAUGGAUGAUUACGGACUUUAAACAAUUUACACCAGGAACACCGCCAAAGCCUGGAUUUUUAACAGUUGCCGAACAAAUGACUACCUAUCAUGAAUCAGCAGAUAUGACAGAAAUGUUAAAUAAUAAGAGUUAUUGGGCAUCAUAUAAUAAUAUUUAUUUUCCAGAUUUUCGUAAUAUAUCCGGUGAAGAAGCAAUGGUUAAGGAAAAAGGUCCGGCAUUAUAUUCAUGGCAAAAUUCAUCACGUGCAAAAAUAUUUCGGCGUGAUCAUGGUGAAGUUAUCGAUCUUCCAACUAUGAUUCAUAUGAUGAGAUAUAAUGAUUUUAAACAUGAUGAGUUAUCGAAAUGUAAUUGUACUCCACCAUAUUCAGCGGUAUGUGGUGCUACAGAUGCUAAAAUUACUAGCUACGAAUUAAUGCAACAUUUUUCACCUGUUGCUAUUGCUGGUCCAACAACGGAUCAACAAGUACCAUUUAUUUGGAGUCAAUCGGAUUUUGAUAAACGCGUAGCGCAUAUUGGUCAUCCAGAUAAAUGGAAUUUUAAACCAUUUACACCAACAUGGAUAUUAUCGUAA